AUGGCACAAUUACCUCCAAAAAUCCCAAGCAUAACACCCAGUUGGCCUGACUUUUCUCACCAGAAGAUGCCUCCCAUGGGCCAUUUUGCACCCAAUGGAAAUGCCCCCGCGGUCAACGCCGCCUCCGCAUCUCAAAACACUUGUUGGGUUGAUGAAUUCAUCGACUUCUCUUCGGCGAGACGGGGGUCCCACCGGAGAUCGGUCAGCGACUCCAUUACCUUCCUCGAGGCACCAAUGCAGGACGAAUGCCGUGCACCGCAUGGUUCACACCCCAACAACCACGAGUUUGAUAGGUUUGACGACGAACAAUUCAUGUCCAUGUUCACAACCGAUGAAAUCUCUGCUGCCGCCGCCGCCGGCCCCACCGGCUCGUCCUCGAACCCGUCCUCGCCUUCGGACCAUAACAGCAUUAAUGAGGACGAGAAAGAAGCGGAGGCGCCUCAUCACAAGCAGCUGAAGAACGAAUCUGAAGAGGUGGAAAGCCAAUGCGAACAACCAAAUCCAAAUGAUACAACAAAGAGCACGUCAAAUGACAGGAAAAUUGAUCCAAAAAGGGUCAAGAGAAUCUUGGCAAACAGACAAUCUGCACAAAGAUCACGGGUGAGGAAGCUGCAAUACAUAUCAGAACUCGAACGCAGCGUUACCUCUCUACAAGCUGAAGUUUCAGUUUUGUCACCGCGGGUUGCGUUUCUUGACCAUCAACGCUUGCUGCUAAACGUCGACAACAGUGCUCUCAAACAAAGAAUUGCAGCAUUGGCGCAGGAUAAGAUUUUCAAAGAUGCUCAUCAAGAAGCAUUGAAGAGGGAAAUAGAAAGGCUAAGGCAAGUGUAUCACCAACAAAACCUCAAGAACAUGGAGAACGUUGCUCAAUCACAAACAACACCCUCAGACACCAUAACAACUCCUGAAAAAGAACAGCUCCUCAAUGUUUCCUCCUAA